UCACAUGACCCGGUUGGUUGUAAACGAGGAAGUCAUGGGUUGUUUGGAGUGAGGGGCGAAAACGCAGCUCCCUUUCCAGCCAUGUUUCGGUACAGAUAUGUUUUAGUUUUUUUACUUCUAGCUGUGGAUAUUUAUAUUUUUGGAGUUAGUGACGCUGUGAACGUCACCGCUUCGGAUUCAGCUACAAAACCCCAACAAGAUCCUAGUUCUCCGAGCCCUAGCUCCUCUGUGGUCAACUCUCCUGUUUUCAAGCCAGCUGUGGACUCUGCGUUCUCCAUCAGUCUGCUCUCCUCCUUCCCCGAUGACCUGGAGAUCAGCGAGUAUUGCUCGGAGCUGCUCCGUCUGUUCGGACAGCGCUAUGUAACCUAUGUGGACUGCCUGGUUCCGUCUGCUCGACCUGUCAAAGUGUGCGAGAACUGCUCCCCAGGUUAUCAAAGCCUCCAUGAGGUCUUCAUGAACAUCUCAUCAGACCAGGUGGGUCCUGGCAAUGUGAGCUGCAGGAACACCAUUCUGAGCAGUGAUCGUCUGAUGCUGGUUUUCCUUUUGUACAGCAACGUGGAUCUCAUUUGGAAAAAAUCAAACUGCGAAAAUUGUGUCACUGGUGAUCUAAAGGGCCCAAAGAACGACACGCUCUACUACCUGACUCUUCUCAACCAAACCAUCACAUGUUUUGAUAAAUAUAAACAGGGUAACCUUUCAGAACUGUGUAAAAACUGCAAAACUGCUUAUAAGAAUCUAAAUGACCUAUACAGUGGCAUGGAGGCCAAUAACACCCUGUGUAUUGACUUGGAGGAUGCGAUGAAUAUGACCCGCAAACUCUGGAGUAAGAAGUUCCAUUGCUCGUUUCCCCGUGAGGAGACGGUUCCUGUCGUCGCUGUGUCAGCCUUUCUGCUCUUUUUGCCCAUCGUCUUCUACUUGAGCAGCUUCCUUCACUCAGAACAAAAGAAACGAAAGCUCAUACACCCUCAACGAGCAAAGUCCUACAGCAGCUUGAUGAACAUUCAGGACAAAAAGAGCUGAAGAGGACCAGGAGAACCUUUACUUAUCCUGCCUGAGUCCUAGAGUGUUUUUUGGCUUUCUUAAAUCAGAAAGGACUAAAGAGCUACUUUUUACUUUUAUACCCAACAGUAUUCGCAAGACUGGGUGGAUUAAGAUGUAUAAUUUAGUGAAGUGAGAUGCACUUUGUUGCAUAACGUUCAAACAGGUGUAGGUUCAUUAAAUGUCUUUUUUUUUUUUUUCAUCCUCUUGGUUUUUUUUUAAAGCACAAUCAUCUGUAAAAUCCCAUAAUUUAAUAAGCCUAAAGGUACUUUAGUUUAAAAGGCUCCAUAAUAGAUCCCCAAGUAAAAAUAUUGAUAUUUAUUAAAGUGUAAGUUAUUGCCUUUGGGAUCCAUAAUGGAGCACUUUAUCGUUACAGUGUCACCAGAUGAAUUAUUAAACCAAAUCUGAAGGAAUCACAUUAAUCAAGCAGAGUUUAAAUGCUCUUUAUAUUCUUCCCAAUGUGCAACAAGCCUGUUUAUGUUUUAAACUUAAAUUAUUAAUAACAUUAAUGCAGGUUUUGUGUUGGAAUCACUUUAACUUCUAGAAUUACAGGCUGUAAUUAGAUGAUUAUUUAAAUCUCUGUGCAAAAUCCUUUUCACCGUCCGUUCCUUUUUAACUUGUUAACAGUCUUUGGGUUGUUAAGUGCAUCCUGCUGUCACUGUAGAAAGGGUAGUGGCCUGAAUAUUGUGUCUGUGUGGCUGUAUGUGCUCUAUUUAUGGACGGAGAAAUGGGUUUCUGUCUCUAAUGUAUGUCCAGAAGAGAGCUGCAAAUACGAAGCACUUGAUGUCCAUUAGUGGUGACAUCGAACUGCUGUAAGAAGGAGGGGUGAGGGCUGGAACUGCACGUUGGAUGGCUGGGGAGUAAAUAAAGACAUUAGAUACAAUGUAAGAGCACUCCAAAGUACCACACUGUGAUAUUACCUGUUUUCUCAUCAGCAUCUUUUUUUUCCGUUUUUUUCCCCCCAAGUUGCAUAAAGCUUUUAAUGUGCCCUGUAGUUGUUUUCCACUGAUAUUUAAUUUUACUUGUUAAAGACUUAUGCCUAAUUUAUAGGAUGGAUGAGUGCUCAGUUGAUGAAUGUACUCUGAUUGAUAAAUAAUACAAACAUAAAAAUUUAAAUGCCAAUAAAUACAUUUUGUCACAAACAUA